GCUCUCGCGAGAUCUGACGUGCUGGGCUCUCCCGCACACUCCCGGCCGUAGCGGCCGCCCGCCGAGGGGCCCGAGGGGAUAUCGAGAACAGCGGAGAGGGAGGGGCGUGGCUUUCCCGCUGGGUGGGUGGCCUGGCCGCUGCUCCGCCUCCUUGGCAGCUGCCUCCGCGCGCCAAAAUCAAAUCCUGGGCGCGCUGGCGGGACACUACCUAGGAAGAUCCGGGUUCCCACGUACUGGCCGGCGGCUGAGGCGGCGGCGUCUCAAGCACCUGUGCGGACUUCCCAGCCCUUAUUGCCAUAAGCGAUCCCACGGCCACUAGACCAGGAAUGGCCACCCCGCCCAAGAGGAGCUGCCCAUCCCCCGCGAGCAGCUCUGAGGGAACCCGCAUCAAGAAAAUCUCGAUCGAAGGGAACAUCGGUGCAGGAAAGACAACAUUUGUGAAUAUCCUUAAACAAGUCUGUGAGGAUUGGGAAGUGGUUCCUGAACCUGUUGCCAGAUGGUGCAAUGUUCAAAGUACUCAAGAUGAAUUUCAGGAAUUGACAACAUCUCAGAAAAGUGGUGGAAAUGUUCUUCAGAUGAUGUAUGAGAAACCUGAGCGAUGGUCUUUUACCUUCCAGUCAUAUGCCUGCCUCAGUCGAAUUCGAGCUCAGCUUGCUGCUGUGAAUGGCAAGCUCAAAGACGCGGAGAAACCUGUAGUAUAUUUUGAGCGAUCUGUAUAUAGUGACAGGUAUAUUUUUGCAUCUAAUUUGUAUGAAUCUGAUUGUAUGAAUGAAACAGAGUGGACAAUUUAUCAAGACUGGCAUGACUGGAUGAAUAACCAGUUUGGCCAAAGCCUUGAACUGGAUGGAAUCAUUUAUCUUCGAGCCACUCCAGAGAAAUGCUUGAGCAGAAUAUAUUUACGGGGAAGAAGUGAAGAGCAAGACAUUCCUCUUGAAUAUUUAGAGAAGCUUCACUAUAAGCAUGAAAGCUGGCUCUUGCAUAGAACACUGAAAACCAACUUUGAUUAUCUACAAGAAGUGCCUAUCUUAACACUGGAUGUUAAUGAAGACUUUAAAGACAAACAUGACAGUCUGGUUGAAGAGGUCAAAGAAUUUUUGAGCACUUUGUGAUCUUGCUGAAGACUACAGGCAGUGAAAUGACUCCAGAUACUUCAGCUUCGUGUGUCUUUGUAGCGUCAUAGUCAUACAUGUCUCUUAGAAAACCCAAGUUUUUAACCAUUUUUGUUCCAAGAAAAAAACUUUUUUAUGAAUCCUGUAUAAGAUUUUAUGACCGGUUCCUCUCCUCUCCCCCCUUCUUCCUCUCCCUUCUUCCUCUCACUUCUCCUCUUUUUUCCCUCCCUCUUCCCUCUUCCCCCUUCUUCUCUCUUCUCUCCUCUCUUUUUUCUUAAGAGGAAUCUAAGGAACAAAAUUAACUAAUGAGCAAAACAGAACCGGACGCACGGAAACAUGGAACAGACUUACAGGGACCAGAGGGUGGGGGAGGGGGAUAAUGGUGGAAAGAAGGGGAAGGGAUUAGACAGAGAACAUGUGUGAAUGACCCAUGAACAUGGGAAAGUAUGAGGAUUGACUGUGGGAAUGUGGGGUGGACUCGAUGGAGGAUGGCAAAGGGGGAAAAAUUGGGACAACUGUAAUAAUAAUAAAAAAUUUAAAAAAAAGAAGUAUGUGCUAUAUAAUAUUAUAGCAACAGCCACCAAUUACCAUUGAGAAUUUGUGCAGAUGACCAAAUCGAUAAUUAAAUAUUGCAGCAAGUCAAAAAACAAAGGACAUUUAAUUAUCGCUCAUGGCAAGAAGUCUGGAAGUAGAUAGUUCUAGAAUCAUUAUAGUGGCUAAACUAUAUCUAAAGGACCCAGGAUCCUUCUGUCUUUCCCCUCUGUUAUCCCCCUUAGCAGGUUGGCUUUUUUCCUGUUGCUUUGCAUCUCACUGUUGACCAGUUCCUCAGCUUGAUUUCUUAACUGGAAACUUUAAUGUUACAUGGAAAGUGGUAAUGUGUCUAUGUGAAUUAGUGCAAAAAGCUGAAAGUGGAAUUUAAGGAAUCUCUAGAAAAAAUUAAAAAGUUUUAAGUACUUUUGAUCCAGUGCCGUCUAUUCUACCUCAAUUUAUGUGGAAGAUAAUAUGUUUAGUAUUUAAUAGAUUCGUUGAUAUUAGUGUGUCUAUAAUACAUUCUUAGAGGAGCAAGUUAGGCUUUGUUCCCAUUUAUAAUGGAUAUAUCUGUGCUAUGAGUGACACUUUGUCUUUUUGCAUGGUAUUUUGCAUGAUUAAAGAGGAAAUGUUUUUAUACUUAAGAUAACUGAAGGUUAUUACGUGAGUAAAUGAUUUAAUUUAUUUAGAGCUUAAAAUAGCUAACUACUUGCUUCCUUUUUGGACUAUUCUUUUAUGAGGAAAUAGUACUGUUGUAGUUUAAAGAUUGGUUUAAAUUAUGAUUGUCUUUAAAUCAUUUGAGGUGGAAAUACAGUUUUCUCUGCAUUUCUUCUCAUUUUUAUAGGUAAAACAUUAGUGGAACAUAUAGUAAGGGGUAAGGUUCUCCAUUUCAUUCUUUAUUGACUCUGCACUAGGAAUAGUCUUUCAUUACCCUUAUACUUCGUAAGAAGUCAAAGAGAAACUGAAGACAAGGGAGAUUACCUUCUUAGUAGUUUAGCUUGCUUAGUCCUGCCUUCAUUCCUGCCUCAUCCGGGUUUCUCUACUCUGAAUUAGGCAGACUGCUAUUUUAAAGUCUUGCACUUAUGAUUUGAGAACAUUAUGAUAUUCUUCACUUCAGAGUUGGCUUUGCUUCUCUGUAGGAUUACACCUUAAGUUUUAUUUCCACUCCUUUAAGACAAUUUACUGAUAAAAAUGAUUUUGCUUUGUAUGUUAUAUAUCUUGAAAGUAUUAUCAUUUUUGAAUACAUAUUAGAAAAUAAAGAAAAAGGAAAAAUAGUUAUAAUUUUUAAAAUCACACGGGUUCAUUUUAGUUCUGUAUAUCAUUACAGAUUUUUUCAAGUUUGUUUAGUUAAAGUGUGAAGUUUUUUUUCUAUGUAUUUACUGUUUCUAUUUAACAUUUUAGAAAAAUUCUUUUUUUGAAAUGAGAAGGGUCACUUUUACUUUGAAACUCUUGUUUUCUACUUAAAAAUGUUAUCUUUUGUUUCUUGAGAUAAUUUAGUGGGUUAAACAAUCUAGAUGUACUGAUCUUUGAAAGGGAAACUAUAUUUCAAAUCUGUAAUCACCGUAUUUAAAACUAUCUCAUGAUAUUAUGUAUGUUUUUUGUUUAGUAAACAAAGUCAAUUUGGUUACUAAAUUAAACAUUUGCUUAAUAAAUAAGUAUAGCCCUGA